CACUAUCGUAUAUAAAUCGGCGACGAGAGAGGGAGGGGAACAAGUGCUGAACAUUCUUCUUAGCAUACAGUUCAGUUCGACACCAAAGGGAGAUACGAUAACCUAUUUGGCACCAAACAGGAAUUACGGUGGUUCCUCUGCAAACUGCUGUUUGGACUGCCUACAUUGUUUACCUUGCAAAUGAGAGCCUAGUUUUGGAAGGAGAAACUCUAACAAAGUAUUUAACUUGGAGUUAUUUGAUCUUUCCUGAGGAAGUCAGACAGUGAAACAUAAUUCAAGAUGGAGAAUAUGGAAGAUGGGAAGAAGAAGAAGGGAGUGACCUGUUACCUCCUCUACUGCAUCACUACAGCGGUCAUCGGCUCCCUGCAGUUCGGAUACAACACUGGAGUCAUCAAUGCCCCUGAGCAGAAACUGCGACGGUUCUUCCAGAAUGUGUCUAUGGAUCGUUAUGGAGACCCCUUCUCCUCUGGGACUAACACCAUGGUUUGGAGCUUCGCUGUGGCCAUCUUCAGUGUGGGGGGCAUGGUUGGGUCCUUGUCUGUGGGGGUCAUGGUGGACAAGUUUGGGAGGCGUAAGUCCAUGCUCCUGGCCAACGUGCUGGCCCUUCUGGGUGGAACUCUGAUGGGUCUGUCCAGCCUGUGUAAGUCCUUUGAGAUGGUCAUCAUUGGCAGGCUGGUCAUUGGCGUGUUCUGUGGCCUGUGUACGGGACUGACGCCCAUGUACGUGGGAGAGCUGGCCCCCACGCACCUCAGGGGGGCCUUCGGCACCCUCCACCAGCUGGGAGUGGUCAUUGGCAUCCUGGUGGCACAGGUCUUUGGUCUGGAGUUUCUGCUGGGGUCAGACUCCCUGUGGCCCCUCCUGCUGUCCCUGACGGCCAUCCCUGCUGUGGUGCAGAGCAUCAUGUUGCCCUUCUGCCCAGAGAGCCCCCGCUACCUCCUCAUCAGCCUCAACCAGGAGGAGGAGGCUCGCAAAGCCCUGGUGCGUCUGCGUGGCUGUGAGGACGUAAGUGAUGACAUCCAGGAGAUGAAGGAAGAAGGGAUGAAGAUGGCCAUGGAGAAGAAGGUCACUAUUCCAGAACUCUUCCGCUCACCAUCCUACCGUCAACCAAUUAUCAUUGCCAUCAUCUUGCAGCUCUCCCAGCAGCUUUCUGGCAUCAACGCGGUAUUCUACUAUUCGACAGGUAUAUUUGACACUGCCGGGGUGACCCAGCCCAUCUACGCCACUAUAGGAGCUGGGGUGGUCAACACUCUAUUCACAGUGGUAUCUCUCUUCCUGGUGGAGAGGGCGGGACGAAGGACCCUGCACCUCAUCGGAUUGGCUGGAAUGGCUGUCAGUGCUCUGCUCAUGACCAUCUCUCUCUCAUUGGUGAAGACCAACCCGUCUCUGAGCUACCUGGCCAUCGUGGCGGUGUUUGCCUUCGUGGCCAGUUUUGAGAUGGGUCCAGGUCCUAUCCCAUGGUUCAUAGUUGCUGAGUUGUUCUCCCAGGGGCCUCGGCCUGCAGCUAUGGCCGUCGCCGGCUGCUCCAACUGGACCGCCAACUUCCUGGUCGGGCUGGGCUUCCCCAAACUGGAGGAGCUGUGUGGUCCUUACGUCUUCAUCAUCUUCAUGAUCUUCCUCAUAUUCUUCUUCGUCUUCACCUACUUCAAAGUUCCGGAGACCAAGGGGCGGACCUUUGACGACAUUGCCAAAGGAUUCGCCGGCACUGCAGGAGCACAAUCUCCUCCCCCAGAGGGCAUGGUCACCCUGCCCGUCUCCCCGACGACGGAGAAAGUCCCAAUGGUUGAGUUUCCGACGGAAGAGAAAUAAAAGAAGUGAUCGUCAGCGA